CAUAAACACUAUCAAAAUAAGCGCUCCAAAUGCUCUCCAAACAUGCGUACUUUAUUUAUAUAUAUUAGAUAUUUUAGAUUGAAAAGAAAAAAAAAAUAAAAAUUUACCGUGAUAUAGAGUUAGGUGCGGUAGUAAAAUUCCGUAAAAAUAAACGUAUAGUUAGCCUCAGCCAUCUCGCGUUCAGUCUUUCACCAUCUCUCUUUCUUCCUUCCGGCGUUCCCCGUGCGACAUUUCCCGACGCUUUUUUCUCAAUUUUGUCGGAAUUCAAAGCGCCGAUAAUAAAAAUUCGUAGUAAUGGCGGAUUUCCAAACGUCUACUCAAAGAGCCAAGUGGAUUUUCACUCAACAAGAGUUGAAUGACAAGUACAUAGCUCAUAAUCAAAGAGCUAUAGAAUCAUUAGAGAAGUAUGGUACAACAAAUUUGGCUAUUGAUGCUGAUGGGUCUUUAUCACAUCCUAGAAGCCAAAAGGAUACAGAUGGUGUUAAGCAGUCUCGUGCGAAACCACUUAGUGUGGAAGAAGAAAAGAUGUUCCAUGUGUAUUAUGAAACCAAGAUUCAAGAAGUAUGUGGGGCCUUCAAAUUUCCUCAUAAAAUCCAGGCUACUGCACUUACAUAUUAUAAGAGGUUUUAUCUCUGCUGGUCAGUCAUGGAGCAUCAUCCAAAAUCUGUUAUGUUAACAUGUAUAUAUUUAGCUUGUAAGAUAGAGGAGAAUCAUGUCUCAGCUGAGGAGCUUGGCAAGGGUAUCCAGCAGGAUCAUCGGAUGAUUCUAGAUAAUGAGUUGCUAGUCCUUCAGAGUCUGGGAUUUGAUCUAAUUGUAUAUACACCAUACCGAUCAAUUGAAGGUUUUAUUAAUGAUAUGGAGGACUUCUGCUAUGCGACAAAUGGCGAAGUUGACAUGUUGCAGGAGUUAAAUCAGAGAGCGGUCUUUGAAGCUGAUAAAGUAAUGCUUACAGAUGCACCGCUUUUAUUUCCUCCAGGCCAGUUGGCAUUGGCUGUACUCCGUAGGGCAAAUUCUGAGCUCUUAGUUCUUGAUUUUGACAGAUAUCUUAACAGCAUUCUCUCACGCCAACAAUCUGAGCACUCUAUUUCAGAGUUGGACCAGGGCCUCAAUGCUAUAGAAUUUCUGAUAAAGACAAUCAAAUUGGGUGAUAAUAACGAGAUGAAACGAGUUGCUAAGAAGCUGAAAUUAUGUCAAGAUUCUGGAUCUCGUGACGACAGUAAGAAGAGAGAGAAGAAGUCAAAGCACAAGUCUAAAAGAAAUCCACAAGAAAUGCAAACGACACAAUCUGGUGCUGCUGAGUAAGGUGAUAUAUAAUGCAGUGAACUCUUUUUGGCUGCGCGAUACAAUAACAGAUCGGUUGUGUGAUACGAAUACACUUUGCAAUCUAUCUUGGCCUAUAGACUAUGGCAUCACCAGUCUACAUCAGUUCAUCUAGUCGUUGAAAUCAACCUGAGGUGAUGCCGCUUGCUGUUUGUUGGUGGAAUGAAGCAGUGGAAGGAGUUAUUUAACUGGUGUAAUCCGUAGGUAGUAUCCGUAGUAUUAUCACCACUUUUGCAUCUUUUUUGAGAGAAGAACCCACUUAUAUACUGCCCUUCUGAAAAAACAUAUUUUAUCGUCCAUUUAUUAAUAUUCCUACCAAACAAAAAUCCUAUAUCAACUUGUACGAGUAAUUUACAAAAUUGAUGAUACUUUCAGUCAAGGUAAAAAAAAAUACAGACAAAUUCAAAAAACAAAGCCUA